GCAGCCUCAGCUGGAGAGUCUCCUUUAGUAGGGAAGCAGAGGCUGAAUAGGCUUGGCCCUCUUAAGCAGUGCUCAUGGAAUCCUAGACCAAAGAACUAGCUAUUGAAUAUCUUUUACUAAUUCUGUAGUAAAUUAAGAGCAGGGUAGAUUGUUAGUGCCUUGCUCGAUCUUUUAUAAGUGAGUUGGUCAGGAUGAAGGAGCCCAGACCUCAACUGGUACUUUUAAAGCCUGUUGGGUAGAUUAAUUGUAGCAUUUUAUGUACCACUCAUGUCCUGGAGACGAAAGUAUAUUUAUCAGACUUGCUGCCUUUUGCAGUUCACUUUAUCACUCUACUUAGCAGCCUUCAUCUCUUAAAUUAGGAAAAUCAUCAGUGGCUUUAGAAGAAGUUUCAUAAGAACCAAACCAGAUAAUUCUAGGCAAAUUCCCAACAGCAGUAAAGCACUAACUUGUGAUUUAUAAACCAAUCCCUCCAUUUGUUCUUGUUUGCAUGGCUGGAUUUGACUGGUUGGUUUUUAACAUGCAGGAGGAAUACAGACGAGCAGUUAGCUUGGAUUCCUAUUUCCAAGAUGUGCAGUGAGUCAUGCCUAGAUGCCAUUGCUGGAAAAAAACCCAUGGCAUCUUGUGCAUCCUGGAUGACCAGACUUCACUGACUGAGGAAGAUGAAGAAGACUUUGGUGCAAUUUAAUACCAUGCUUUUAAUCUCCAGAUCUUUGAUUCAAAAGAGGAAACACUGCCAGCAGGAAUUAGAGGAAAGAAAACGAAGGAGGUGGUCCCUGGCCAGUGGUGACACAGAGGACAGUCCCAACCAAGGAAUGGAUGUGGGGCUGCUGGAGAUCCCUGCAGAGCUUGCUGCCCUCCUGCGGAUAGCUGAAGGUCAAUACCGAGCACAGGCCAACCAGAUAACUGAGGCAUUGUCUCCUGAAAUCAAGGUCAAAGAUGAUCUUUCCCUCCCACCAACCAUCAACAGCUAUCCUUUCUCCUCCUUCAUUAAGUCAUACUUCCAGAAGACAGAUUUCCCAGCCCCUGGCCAGCCUCUGCAGCACCCUUUAACCCAUCUGAAUGCUGAGUACCAGGAGAGUGCGCUUGAGAUCAACAAAUUGAUUUUGCGGUUCAUUGGUGACAGGAAUCUCCAUGGCUGGCAGGAGGUGCUUCUGGGCAACUACAUUGCUGGGAGAGGUUUGAAUAAUGUGGCUCUGCGCGAUGAAAUCUUCAGUCAGGUGGUUGCCCAGGCAUGGAAAAACCCAGACAUGGAGCGAAGCCAGCGAGCGUGGGUCCUGAUGGCAACUUUGCUGAGCUGCUUUGCCCCUUCACCAACACUGGAGAAGCCAUUGCUGAAAUUUGUGUCAGAUCAUGGCAUGGAGGGCUACAAUGCCGUCUGCCAGCGCAAGAUCUUGACAGCAGCACAGUUCACAGAGACAGACUCUACAGUCUCUCGGGCUUACCCUCCCACUCAGCUGGAGUGGAUUGCGAACCAGAGGAAAGGGAAGAUGGUGCUGGAUGUUCAUACCUUUAAUGACGAGAAGUUCUCAGCUGAGGUGGAGUCCUGGAUGACUGGGGAGCAGUAUGCAGGCUGGAUCCUGAGUGCAAGGGGCUGUGAUAAGAAGUCUAGAGGAUGGUCUAUCUCCAUGUUUACUGGCAACACAUGGCAGGACCUGCUGGGCUGUGACUUUGUGCUGGACCUCAUUGGAGAGAUGGAGAAGCCCAGCAGCCUCUCUCAGUCUUCAGCUGCGUACCCCAUCACUCCUGAAAGGGACAGAAGUUUCCUCCAGAACUCUGACCUGGCUUUGAUCCCUCCUGCUCCAGGCAUCCAGGCCCCUACCUUCCCACCACCUAGCCUGCCUCCAGAAUUCAACAAUCUCCAUCCAGAUCCAAGAUUCAGAGAUGACCUGAGCACCCCUGUAGGCUUGGAUCACUAUGUGGAUGAUCUCUUCAGCACUGUGCUGCAGCAAGGCUCCAGAGUACCAGAUAUGGAGAACAGGGAAAUUCUGACUGGACGCAUGAAAGGAGGUGGGAAGAUUGGACCCACACAGAGAGGAAUCUUUCCUUCUGCAGGCUUCUCUGGAGUGACUCAAGCACCAGUUUACCAGCCUAUGCCUUCGAUGAUGGGGGUGCCAGCAGCCAUGCCUAUGAUGCCAGCAGCUGGUGGGAUUGCACCUAUGCCAGCCAUGGUUAUGCCCCAGCCUGUGGUUCCAGCUGUAGAUCCCAAUCAGUUAGCAGCACAGCAGCAAGCCUUUAUCAACCAGCAAGCAAUGCUCAUGGCCCAGCAGAUGACCCUUCAAGCCAUGAGCAUUUCCCAGCAGCAACAGCAGCAGUGGCAACAAUCUCUUGAGAAACCAAGGCCAAGAGUCUCAAGUUCACCACAAGCCCAAGCCCCAGCUCCAGCCUCAGCCCCAGUCCCAGCCACUUUCCCAAAACCUAAGAAGCCUGCCAGCAGCCAAAAUGCUGCUCCAUCACCAAAGGCUCCAGAACCACCAGCUAGGGAAGAAGAACUGGUUUAUGACUACAUGGAAGACCAGUUCUCCAGCAGUAAAGAUGAUGACUAUCCUCGUGAAACCUUCCAGCAGAAGAAAGACUAUUUUCAGAAAAUGGGAGAGCAACAGAUCCGUGUUAAGAAAGUCAGUCCUUCCAAAACCUGGACCCCUCCAGCAAAUCCCCAGCCAAAGCAGGAGAAUGAAGAGGAGCAGAACAGGAAAGAAGAGAAGCCUGACCCUGAAACAGAGGCAGCUCCUGCUCCACCUUUGCCACCUCCUGAGCCAAAGCCAAAAAACCAGACACCAAAAGUAAAGAAGGAGCCACCACUAGUGAAGGCUUCGGGCCCCGAGUUGCGGCCUGCACCCAGCCGGGAGAUCCGCAACAUCAUCAGAAUGUACCAGAGCCGGCCAGCCCCCGAGCCCCAGCCCAUCGAGCCUGUCAGGAAAGUAUCCAAGCCAUUUAUGAAGAAGAACGACCCCAAAAAUGAGGCUCUGGCCAAGCUGGGAAUGAUGAACCUCCCAUCUCCCAAAUCACCAUCCCCACUGCCACAAGAGAAGAGAUCACCUCCACCUCCCAAGCCCAAGCCUGGCUCAACUUUCAGCUCUAUCAAGGAGAAGCAGUUGCCUCUCCAGUCCGCCUUCAGCCAGGGGAGUACCCCACCAGGUUCCCAGGCCCCUCCUGCUCCCCCUCUUCCCCCACCAUUGCCUUCGCCUCUCCUGCCUGAGCACCCAGGCAGGCAGGAAUCCUCAGGGAAGGAUGCUGCUGUAAGAGUAGUAGAAGAUGAUGGUAUCAAGACCCAGCUGUACAAGCUCACUAGCAGUGUCAGCUUUUCCUAUGUCAACCCAGCCUGGAAAAUCUUUCUGCGCAAAGAGGUGUUUUACCCCAAAGAAAACUUCAGUCACCCGUAUUGUCUGAACCUGCUGUGUGAACAGAUCAUACGUGACACCUUCUCUGAUUCCUGCUUUCGCAUCUCCAGGGAAGAGAAGCGCAAGAUGAAAGAUCUGCUGAUGGAGUUCCGGGUUGGCAACGAUGUCCAGUCCAUUCAGGAAGAUGGGAUAAAGAAGAGGAUUGUACUGGCUGCUCGGGAUAACUGGGCUAACUAUUUCUCCCGCCUUUUCCCAGUUCAUGGUGAAAAUGGAAGUGAUGUCCAGAUCCUGGGUGUUUCUCACCGGGGCAUACGGCUGCUGAAGGUGGUGAAAGCAGCUGGCUAUAAUCCUGAGCACCUGAAGAUUCUUUGCAGCUACUGUUUUGCAGACGUGCUGUCAGUGGAACUGAAGGGCAGCAAUGCCCUGGUGUUCUCUCUGAAGACAGAGCAGCUCUUCCUGCACUCUCCGAAGGCUCCGUGCAUCAAGGCCUUGGUGGAACUCUUCAUGCAGGAGCUGAGGCAGGAUACCAACUACGUCAUUGCUCUGCGCAGCUACAUUGUGGAUGACAAGAGCCUUCUUAGCUUCAAGAAGGGUGACCUCAUUGAGCUACUGCCUAUGCAAGGCGUGGAGCCAGGCUGGCAGUUUGGCUCCACCGGUGGCCGCUGUGGUAUUUUCCCAACCAGCCUGGUGCAAUUGGCUGCAGCACCUGAUUACCUCAGCACUAGCAUGGACAGACGUGGAGGGCUGUGGAAGAACAUGAAGUCUUCCUCGGAGAGCAGGAACACCAGCAGGGAGAGUUCUGCUCCCAGCCUAACAUCAGAACCUGACAGCAUCAUGUUAGUCCCUGCUGGUGAUCAUUAUACCAUGAUUGACUUUGCCACAGCCUACUUCCGAGAAGCUCAGUCCAUGCAGGGACUGAAGGGGAUGGCUGCUGAAAAGAAGAGUAUAGCUGAUCUGGUCCAGCACACCAAGGUCCCAAUCCAGGAAUCUUUGCUCCGGUACUCUGAUAGAGAGCUCAAUGAGCUUGCUGCAAAGAACUUCAAGACUCUGAUGCAGUUCAUGGGAGAUCAAGCAAAACUCAAGAACCAAAAUGAGGUUGAACGCAUCUAUGAAAUCCUUCAGCUGUGCAAAGAGAAGGAGAGUUUGCAUGACGAGGUCUACUGCCAGGCCAUCAAACAAGUCACUCACAACCCUAACCAGGAGAGUGUGCUGCGUGGUUGGUUGCUCCUAAACCUGCUAACUGGGUACUUCCUCCCUUCCAACAUCCUGAUGCCCUAUGCCACCAAGUUUCUGCAGCUAGCCAGCGAUGAUCCGUCUAGCAUGCACCAUGAAAUAGCCAAGAUCUGUCAGAGCAACCUGCGGAAAAAUUUAAUGUACGGGGGCCGUCGCCACCUUCCCUUCCCUGUGGAGAUGGAGGCAUUGCUGAGGGGGCGCAGUGCCCGCCGGCUGGUGAUCCUGCUGCCUGGAGGCUUGGAAUACCUCACCAGGAUCAAGACAUUCACUGUGGCCAAGGAGCUCUUGCAGGAGAUCUGUGAGCAGAUGGGGGCAGGUGAACAGGAAGAGAUAGAGGAAUUUGUUCUUUUUGCCACCAGGAGUGACAGCAAUAAUCUCGAUAAAGCGGUGAGGCCGAUAAGAUCAGAGGAGUAUCUUCACGAUUACCUGCUGGAGGACAGUUUGGUCGCUGUGACUUUACGCAGGCUCAUCUGGAGGACCCCUCUACACUUUGAGAACAACAUUUAUAUAGAUGUCCAUUAUGGACAGAUGCUGUGGGAUUACCUGAAUGGGAGGAUGCUUUUGAGCCAUGGUGAAGAAAUGGAGAUGCAGGUGGGCAUUUUGGCAAUGCUCCAGCACUGGGCCAAACCAGAGCAGCAGAACUCUGCUCCCUCCAGGGAAGAGCUGAAGGAGUAUACACCAAAGACCCUGCAGUCCUACAUCAGUCCCCAGGUUCUGCAAAACCAAGUUGGCACGCUGCUGAGAACCAGGCAGCCCCUCCCACCAGUGGAUGCAAAAAUCGAGUUCAUAGAACACAUGAUGAAAUUGCCUUUCUUUGGCUACACCAUCUACUUUGUCGAGAGAGUCAGCGAUGAUACAAUCUCUGUGCCCUGUUUCUUUGGUGUGAAUAAAGAGGAGAUCAUUGUGGUAGACAACACAAGCCAGGUGGUCUCCUGCGUCAUUCCAUUGAAAGAGCUGCAGAAGAUGCGAACCCUGCGGCCUCUCUCCGAUGGUGGGCUUCCUGGCUUAGAACUGAACUAUGGCUCGGCUGCUAGCCCCAAGACUAUGUGGCUUGAAUUGUCACAGGCUAAAGAAAUGUAUCACACAAUUGUUGUCAUCCUGGAUAAAACAGAGUUGCGUCACUAGAGCCUAAGAGGAGAAUGACUAAGAGCAGCAGCACUGUUUUCUGUCCUUUGAGCUUGUUCAGUGCUUCCUGCCCUGUCAUCUGGAGAGGACUCUUCCAAAAGACAUCCACAACCUCAGACAGUUGCUUUCUAAGACUGCCACCACCAUGUUUGCUGAUGGACUGGACCAUAACCUCACCCCUCCUGACCUGCCAUUCAGCCCCCAAGACCUCUCCCUUGAAGCAAGGCAUGCGGUGGCCAAGCAAACCCCAAAGACACCCUUUCCACACCAUUGCUCUUUCAUAGCCUGUUUCAAUCUGAGCAGCUGAGCAGAUACAAGCAAUUGCCUUUAAACUAUGGAGUGUGGAACUUUUUUCCAAUUAAUUAACAUUAGCAAAGACUAAUGCUUGCUAGAGACUUAUGUAUCCUAAUGCAUAGCUGAGCCUAUGACAUGGCUGCACUGGCAUUUUCCAUAGGCCAGCUUGUUCUUUGUAUUGAUAUGCAAGAGGCCCUAUAGCAGGGUUUGUGAAGCAGGAGCUUGUAGAAAGCAUCAUAAUUGCAAAGCAGGUCACUGUUAAUAUACAAUUACCACAUGCUGGAGCACAGAUUGAGAUGCAAUGGUAAGAAAGUUUAUUGUUAAUUAAUUUCUUUAUUGACAAUUAUAUGCAUGUUUCCCUCUGCUAUGAAGAAGUGCCACGUCCAUGCAGCUGUCAUAUUGAAAUGAUGCGUCCAUGCCCAUGGAGAUAGCAUUUUCAAAUGGAACUUUUACUCCAGUAGAGGAGCAUGUCCUGGGUUGUACAAAAAUGCUUAAUUUAUUUUUCUUGGUACAGCUAUCCUACUGAACAGCAGAAUACUGCACUUUAGGAGACUGCAAUAAAAUGAUCACAUGGAGAUGUUUUGAA